AUGUUAUGUUUCUUCAUGUUUGCAGCAAUUAUUAUUGGUGUUACAACUGUGGAAGAUUAUCAGUGUGAAGGAGGUCAACUGACACCGGAGCAACGUAUAGCAAUCGUUAAACAAAAUAAUAAAUUGCGUUCGCAACUGAUCCGUGGCGGGCUUAGGAAUAAAGAUGGAUACUUUAUGCCACGUGGCAAGAAUAUGUUGAAAAUGAGAUGGAAUUGUUCGUUGGAAUAUUCCGCGCAGAAAUGGGCGGAUAGAUGUAUCUCUGAACACUCACCAAAAGAACAAAGAAAGGAUAUCGGUGAAAAUCUGUAUACUUGGUCAGCAGGUGUUGGAGCUCUUAAAAAAAUUGCUGGUACAGAAGCCGGUAAAAAAUGGUGGUCAGAACUUUCGGAAUGGUACCGAUCUAAUCCUUCGAAUAAUAUGACUGUUAAAGUUUUCAGCCAAAGUGUUUUGCAUUUCACACAGAUGGCUUGGGGUAAAACGUACAAAAUUGGCUGUGGUAUUGCUACAAAGUGCAAUGGUGGCAGGAAACUGAUGGUCGUUUGCCAUUAUCGGCCAGC